AUGAACACUGCUGGGGUUCAUAGCGCUCUCGAACAGUUGAGCGAGAAUCUCGGUGAUCUUCAGAAGAAUCUGCAGCCGCUACUAACAGGUGCUCUUUCUGAGACUACCAAGAAGUUACCUCUUUUAGACAGGGCGAAGCUCUACAUUACAAUCGUCUAUGCUAUCGAAUCCCUCAUAUUCUCAUACCUCCGUCUCCAUGGUGUCGAAGCCAAAGAUCAUGAUGUUUUCAAAGAACUCAAGCGAGUACAGCAGUAUUUUACGAAGAUCAAAGAAGCAGAAGAACAAGGAUCCAAGCCUGGCAUGAGCCUCAACAAGCAGGCUGCCAAUCGCAUGAUCAAGCAUGCGCUGUCGGGCAAUCAGAAGAUCGAUCUAGAACUCGCCGAGCGGAAAGCCAAAGAGUUGCUAGUCGCAAAGAGAAAGCUCCAGGAGCUAGAGGCGCGCAAGCGUCAGCGAGACCUCCAGCAAGGUCAGAGCGAGGGCCCAGCCACUCCGAAAGCAACAGAGUCGAGUGCCCAGUCGCCUGAGGUUGACGCUUCAUUGGUGGCGAGCGCAAUCGCUCAGGCUAAGGAAGAGGCUGAGUCGAUCGCCAACACUCCCGAAUCCCCUGCCCCGUCAGAAACAUCGUCUAAGGGUACGCAGAAGAGCAAGAGGCGGCGGCAUCAAGAACGGCCUACGGACACUCCUUCCGGCAAGACGAAGAAGCGCAAGCAUGAUACCGACACCGACAAAGAUCAAUAG